GGUCGAAUCGAACUAGAUAAACCCACGAAACCGGCUUCUGUAAUCCCAAUGGCUGCCAUGGGGUUCUCACCGUUCGACUACGCGUCUCUCUCCGUUCGAGCGCAGCGGCCGGCGGUGACCUCUAAGCGUCCUGCAGCAGCUAGGGCAUCGUCCUCCCUCAAUACGGCGCCCACUUCUGCUCCCCUCCCUUCUCUCAAGAAGAAGGUCCUUGUCCCUAUUGGGAUGGGCACGGAGGAGAUGGAAGCCGUCAUCUUGGUGGACGUCCUCCGCCGGGCUGGUGCUGAAGUUUUCAUGGCUUCUGUAGAGACGGAAUUGAUGGUGGAGGCCUCCUCGGGGACCAAUCUGGUGGCAGACGUUUGCAUUGAUGAGUGCGCUGAUGAGGUGUUCGAUCUCGUCGCACUGCCGGGAGGAAUGCCAGGCUCAGUCCGCUUAAGAGAUUGUGAAGUUCUUCGUAGGAUAACAGUGAGACAGGCAGAGGAGAAAAGGUUAUAUGGUGCCAUUUGUGCUGCUCCUGCUGUUGCUUUGAUGCACUGGGGUCUUCAUAAGAGAAAGCAGAUCACUUGUCAUCCAGCUUUUAUGGAUAAGCUUCCUGCCUUUCGGGCUGUGAAAUCCAACAUCCAAGUCUCUGGAGAGCUCAUUACAAGUCGUGGUCCUGGCACAUCCUUUGAAUUUGCCCUAUCAUUUGUUGAACAGCUCUUUGGUCAUGAUGUGGCUCUAGGUCUUGGAGGUAGGCUGUUGCUUCCAACUCAUUGUUGCCAAGAACGAAAGAAAGAAUUCAAUAAUGUUGACUGGUCCCUUGAGCAUACUCCAAAUGUUCUUAUUCCAAUUGCUAACGGCUCAGAAGAAAUGGAGGUUGUAAUGCUGGUGGAUAUCUUGAGGCGAGCAAAGGUGAAUGUUACAGUUGCCUCAGUUGAAAAAUCCAAACGGAUAAUUGGUUCUCAAAACAUAAAACUAAUGGCGGACUCAUCAAUUACGGAUUCUUCGAAGCCAAUAUAUGAUCUUAUCAUUCUUCCUGGAGGAACUGCUGGAGUUGAGCGAUUUCAGAAGUCUAGAAUCCUGAAGAAAUUACUCCAGGAACAAAUGAAAGCAGGAAGAAUAUAUGGUGGCAUCUGCUCAUCUCCAAUAAUACUACAUAACCAAGGCUUGCUGAAGGAUAAACUUGCUACAGCUCAUCCUGCUGCCAUUGCGAAGUUAACUGGCAAUGUCGCUGAAAAUAGCGGAGUGGUAAUAGAUGGGAAGGUCAUUACUGGAAAAGGUCUUUGUACCGUAAUCGAUUUUUCUUUGGCCAUUAUAACCAAGUUAUUUGGAAAUGGACGGGCAAGAAGCGUAGCUGAAGGGAUUGUGUUCAAGUACUCAGGGUCCUGAGAGCCAAAACCUUCCUAAAUACUUGCAGAUGUUGAUAAGAAGAUUACAUAAGCAUAGAACAAGGACACAAAUCGAGAUGCAUUUGGAUAUCAAAGCACAUGAUGGUGUAUGAGUCAGUUUGGAGCUGUGUACCAUCAUGACCAGAUGAUUCGUUCACUGACUGCAACUGUUUGGUGCUUCCCUGAGUCAAUUCACGGUUCAUUCCUACAAUCGAUCGUUGUUCUUCAUGUUUGAUAAUGACCAGAUUGAACUUGCACAACAGAUUAGACUGGAAAUCUAUUCUGUAGAGGUUUGAUCAUGUUGUGCUCUUGUAGUCUUGUUGCAUCUAUGGCUUGAGAACUUGUGCGAGGAGCUGUGACUGGUCAAUUUUAGCACACCUUUUUUUUUUUUUUUGUGAUUAAUGAUUAGUAAUUUUAAUUUGUGUUUUCUCCUCCUUUGGAAUAAAGUUAACAUGUU